AUGCAUAUCUCGCGUGUCUUCCCAGUGCUCACGCUAGCGGCUUCCUGUCUUGCUGCUCCAGCACAACAUCCACUCGUCCAUGGCAGGAAUCCGUACCAGAAGAACUUCAACCAUCCGUACGAUCACAAGGUCGAUUCCAUUGGUCGUGGCAUUCAGCCAGAGCCUAUGCGCAAUGGUCAUGGCACAGAUGUGCUUGGACCUCGCAACCGUGAUCGAGAAAGACAGAAUCCAGACAUGAUCCGGCCGCCGUCAACGGAUCAUGACUCCCAUGUCCGAAUUGAGGAAGGCGGGUGGACUAGACAGACAACAGUAAAGGAACUGCCAACAUCCGUCGAACUUGCUGGAGUCAACAUGCGCCUAGAUGAGGGUGUCAUUCGCGAAUUGCAUUGGCACAAGGACGCGGAAUGGGCAUACGUGCUCGAAGGCAAGGUCCGUGUCACGGCUCUUGAUACCGAGGGUGGCAGCUUCAUCGAUGAUGUUGAGAAGGGCGAUUUAUGGUACUUCCCUGCUGGACAUCCUCACUCACUCCAAGCCCUGGCACCCAACGGAACAGAGUUCCUGCUCAUCUUCGACGAUGGCAGCUUCAGCGAGGAGUCGACGUUCCUGCUCACCGACUGGCUCGCUCAUACACCUCAGGCAGUCGUGGCAGAGAACUUCAGGCUUCCUCCCGACGUCUUCGACACUCUGCCGGAAAGCGAGAAAUACAUCUUCCAAGGGUCGCUGCCAGACUCGAUCGAGAAGGAAACGCCAAAGACUUUCAAAAAGUCAAAGCACAACUUCACCCAUAGGAUGCUUGCACAAGAGCCCGUCAACGCCACUGGAGGCAGCGUACGCAUCACCGACAGCAAGAAUUUCCCAAUCUCAAAGACCGUCGCCGCCGCUCACCUCGACAUCGAACCAGGCGCCAUGCGAGAGAUGCACUGGCACCCCAACGCAGACGAAUGGUCGUUCUUCAUCAAAGGCCGUGCUCGUGUUACUAUCUUUGGCGCGCAAGGCACAGCAAGAACAUUCGACUACACUGCUGGCGACGUCGGCAUCGUGCCGAAGAACAUGGGCCAUUUCAUCGAGAACUUGAGCGAGGAGGAGCCAUUAGAAGUACUGGAGCUUUUCCGCGCUGAUGAGUUCCAGGACUUCUCACUGUUUCAGUGGCUUGGUGAAACGCCGCAGCGUAACGUGAGAGAUCAUUUGUUCAAGAACGAUCCUGAUGGCGCGGCGAAGUUCGCCAAGGCGAUCGAGACCGCUGAGAAGGAUGUGAUCAAGUCGCAGUAUGAGAAGCCUGAUUAUGUCUCAGAAGGGCUUCAAUCGGUUCUGGGAGUGUGA